AUGCCGUGCAUCGUCUCGAUGGUGCCCGUCGUGCCGCUCGCGCUCGGCCUUCCUCCCACGGCAACGCUGGACCCGCUCCUGAGCUUCCUCGCCGUGCUCGCCGUGCUGGCCGUACUCGUGGCUCUGGCGGGGACGUCCCACCUUCUCCUGGCUAUGCCCUACGAGGUGUGGGAUGAUGCCAAGCGGGCACAAGUGGCUGCAGACCUGGAGAUGGCCGCUACCUUCCCGUCGCAGGAGAUGCGCCCCGACCCGAACGCCACCCCGCAGGGCCCCGCUGCUGGGCUCUUCGACCCAUGGGCCGCGGCGGCGGGGACUGGCGCUCUCUCGCGGGCUCAGGCUGCUGCUGGUGGUGCUGUUGACUGUGGUGAUGAGGAGGAGCAAGCCGCCUUCACUCGGGCCUUUUACCAUGCCGACAUCUCCGCGAGAUUCCUGCAGCUGCGCAAUGAGUUCGACAACAUCGUUACCACGGCCAUCACCAACUCCGUCCAGCAGUCGAACGCUCCUAUCGUGGCCACGCUCGCCACAUUGCAGAAGCAGCUCUCCUCGCAGCACACCUCCAUUGACCAGCAGGUCAUGGCAUCGGUGCGCCCACAGUUCGAUACUAUGCAGCGCCAGUUUCAAGAGCAGCAUGAUGCCCUCUGCCGUCGCGUCGACUACACCGAGCGGGACAUCGAGGCCCACGCCGCUCAGCUGGCUGAGCUGCAGAAGCAGGUCGAGGAGCUUCGCCGCCAGAAUGAGCUGGACCGACAGCUUCCCUCGCGGCCUCCUGCCCCGCCUGGCUUCGACCGCGAGAUCGAUCCGACGCAGGUCAUUGUGGUCUCGUCCAAGCUCGUCGGUCUGGCUGGCGUCCGUGAGGUGGUCAACUCCUUCAUGGGCGAGCUCAACUUCUCUGAGGACGACUCGUACACGAUCAAGGCCCUCACGCCGCUCCCCUCUAAAAAGUUUGCCGUCUGCUUCUCUGGGCCGAUCGGACUUGCCUCCCGCCGUGUGCAAAAGGCCCUUGCUAACCUCAAGACGGACGGCGCCUGGCGGGUCUUCCAGUGCCCGGCUCAAGGUGCUGACCCAGCCCGUCUUCACUUCGGUCCUGACAAGUCGCCGAAACAAGUUCGUGGCGAGAUGCUCCUCCGCAAGGUCCGCUCUUCCCUCAUGGAGCUUGACAGUCAGAGGAGGUGGUAUGUCGAUCGGGAGCGGAGCGUUCUCAAGUCUGACUACACCGACAUCCUUCGUCUUGUCCCACGGCCAGGUGACGAACCACCUGAGCUCUCUUGGAACGACGUGGGGAUCCGCGCCCUCGGCCUUGACCGUCGGGACCUUCAGGGAGCCAUUCGAAACAUCACCGCUGCGCCGACGGCCACCCAGUGGUGUCUUUAA